AUGUAUCCACCAACAACGGAGAAAGAACCUCUCCUCCUCUCUGAUAGUGGUGGUGGUGGUAGUGUUGGUUAUGAUGCCAAUGACAAUAGCAACAACAACAAAGACAACGAGUGUUCUAAAGUAAAAAUUGUUAAUUGUAUAAUUCCUAAAUAA